GCUUCAAGUUAUGAGAACAGCGAGGUUAAGCGCAUAAAGUCUUCGGUGACGAACUUCUGGGGAGCCACGUGCAUUCCCCACGCGAGAUCAAACCACCUAUCUCCCCACGUACCGAUUCCACCAACUUGGCGGAAAAACAUGACCGACUACUCGAUGUAUCACGCCCUUGGCCAGGGCGAACAGCUGGACCCGAACGAUCCCAAUCGGACGAACCAACCAGCCCCUCCGCAGUUCCAACCUGCAAUUGCCUCCCAACCCUACCAGCAGGGCGCGGGCUACAAUGCGCCCUCACCGCAAGGCCAGCAACAGUACUGGUCUCCUUCGAUGGGGGGACCGUCUCCUACACAAGCGCAAUCCCCGGGGUAUGGGCCUCCGCAGGGUGCGGGCUAUCUGUCGGGCCAGCCCUCUCCAGCAGCGGGUGACGGAGGUCUAGCAGCACAGAUGGGCGGCAUGUCACUCGGCGCUGAGGCAGCCCACGGCACGGCAAGGAGAAAGAAGAAGGACCGUCACGCUUAUCACGCAGUGGAGGCGCCAACAGGGUCAUCGCAAGCUUUCAACGGGAUCCCGCCGACGGGCACCAACACAACAACUUUCCUAAAUGCCGAACCGCAGUUCGGAGGCGGCAUCACACCACAGAUGAGCCAGUUCCCUGCACCCGUGAACUCUCAGUUUAGCCCUAGCCAGGCGUCUCCAGCCCAGUUCGGCGCGAGAAUCGGCUCUAUGGAUCCCGGUCCGUCGCCGACUGUUGUACCUGCAUCCGGGCAAGCCAAGGUGUCCCCUGAUGAGAUGCCCAGCGUACCUCUGUCCCGGGAUUCGGUGCAGCAAUACUUCCUUAGCAACGUCUAUCCGACCUUUGAGCGACACGUUCCGCCUCCCGCCACAACAUCUUUCGUCGCCUUCGAUCAGGGGAACUCGUCUCCAAAGUUCGCCCGCUUAACCACGAAUAAUAUCCCCACAACAUCAGAGGGCUUAAACAGUCUCGGCCUUCCCCUGGGCCUCCUUCUCCAACCCCUCGCGCCCCUCCAGCCCGGCGAACUGUCUAUUCCUGUUUUAGAUUUUGGCGACUCCGGGCCGCCAAGGUGCCGGCGCUGCCGUGCAUAUAUCAAUCCUUUCAUGAUGUUCCGCUCUGGGGGUAACAACUUCGUCUGCAACCUUUGCACAUAUCCAAACGAAACCCCCCCAGAGUACUUCUGCGCAACCAGCCCGCAAGGUGUACGUGUUGACCGUGACCAGCGACCGGAAUUGACGCGGGGAACUGUUGAAUUUGUGGUUCCCAAGGAAUAUUGGACUAGGGAGCCGGUUGCUCUCCGGUAUCUAUUCCUUAUUGAUGUCACCCAGGAGUCGUAUAACAAGGGGUUCUUGGAGGCCUUUUGCGAUGGCAUUCUGGGUGCCUUAUAUGGGGCCGGAGAGGGCGAGACCGAUGAGUCUGGCGAAGCCAAGCGGACAAUACCUCCAAACGCAAGAGUCGGCUUUGUCACGUUCGAUAAGGAGAUUCACUUCUACAAUGUCAGCCCGGCUCUGGAACAGGCUCAGAUGAUCAUCAUGCCAGAUAUAGAGGAUCCCUUCGUUCCCCUGAGCGAAGGCCUCUUCGUCGACCCUUACGAGUCAAAGGCGGUCAUCACCUCCCUCCUGACCCGGCUCCCAACUAUGUUCUCGAGUAUUAAGAAUCCCGAACCCGCGCUGCUGUCCACGCUCAACUCGGCGCUUGCUGCACUUGAGAAGACGGGAGGGAAGAUUAUCUGCUCGCUCUCCGCCUUGCCUACCUGGGGCCCUGGGCGGCUCUUCUUGCGAGACGACGGCAAGCAUACGGGAGGCGAGCCUGACAAGAAGCUACUCUCCACCGAGCACCCGGCCUGGAAGAAGGUUGCUGAACGGAUGGUGGCUGUCGGCGUCGGCGUUGAUUUCUUCAUGGCUUCUCCAUCAGGGGGUUAUCUAGACAUGGCAACAAUCGGGCAUGUCUCCUCAACCACGGGGGGUGAGGCAUUCUACUAUCCCAACUUUGUUGCGCCCAGGGAUAACUCCAAGCUCGCGCUGGAGAUCAAGCACGUUGCGACUCGAGAGACCGGGUUCCAGGCCCUCAUGAAGGUCCGCUGCUCGAACGGGCUCCAGGUGUCGACUUACCACGGGAACUUUAUACAGCACACAUUCGGAGCAGACUUGGAGAUUGGCAUCAUCGAUGCCGAUAAGGCCAUUGGCGUCACGUUCGGGUACGACGGCAAGCUCGACUCGAAACUAGAUGUCCAUUUCCAGUCUGCCCUGCUUUACACCACAGCGUCCGGUGAACGGCGGGUCCGGUGCUGCAAUGUCAUCGCAAGCGUGAGCGAUAAUGCCAAGGACAGCAUCAAGUUUGUCGACCAGGAUGCCGUCAUCUCGAUAAUGGCGAAGGAGGCUGCGACUAAGCUGUCCACGACUUCGAGCACCUUGAAAGACGUUCGGUUAGGCCUUACCGAGAAGACGAUCGAUAUCCUGGCAGCGUAUCGCAAGAACUUCCUGUCGCAGUCACACCCCCCCGGCCAGCUCGUCAUGCCAGAGAAACUUAAGGAGUUCUGCAUGUACAUGCUCGGGCUGAUAAAGAGCCGAGCGUUCAAGGGCGGCAACGAAUCGACAGACCGGAGAGUGCACGAGAUGCGCAUGGUCCGCUCAAUGGGUGCGCUCGAGACCAGCCUGUACCUCUAUCCCCGCAUGAUACCAGUCCACAACCUCCAACCUGAGGAAGGCUUCCCCGAUGCUGAGACGGGCCAGUUGAAGCUGCCGCCGUCUAUAAGGACAUCCUUUAGCCGUGUCGAGGCUGGCGGCGUGUACCUGGUGGAUAACGGUCAGCAGUGCCUGCUAUGGUUCCACGCGCAGACCUCGCCGAACUUGAUCGCAGACCUGUUCGGCGAGGACAAGACCAGCUUGCAGAGCCUAGACGCCUACACGUCGGCUCUCCCCAUGCUCGAAACGCAUCUAAAUGCACAAGUGCGCAACAUCAUCGAGUUCAUGAGGACAAUGCGCGGCUCCAAGGGCUUAACGAUACAGUUGGCAAGGCAAGGGAUUGAUGGGGCAGAGUACGAAUUCGCGCGCAUGUUGGUGGAGGAUCGAAACAACGAGGCCCAGAGCUACGUAGACUGGCUAGUCCACAUCCACAAGGGGGUGCAACUCGAGUUGACUGGCCAGAGGAAGAGGGAGGAUUCAGGUGAAGCGUCAGGCUUCACCAACUUCACCGGCUUACGGACUGCCUACUGGUAGGAUCCCCAACGAUCAUGUACUGCAUGGCAGAGAUAUGGUACCUAGACGAGGUAGAUUGUCAGC